GCUUUCCGGGCUUCUCUUGAAGUCUAUGCUCAAUAGUCACACUACAUACAGGAAUAAACAUUUAGAUUAUGGGAAAUCUCUCCUGCUUUAUGGGAAGAAAAGACAAACAUCGGGGUGACGCCAAUGCAGCAGGACAGAUGUCACCUAAAGAGGAUGUUCUCUACGCCUCCAUUGAUCAUGGGGGUAAAGAGACAGCAGGGCAUGGCCCGAACAGUUCCCGAAGAGACUCCACUGACAAUGACUGUGAUUAUGCCGAAGUUAAACUACCCUGCGAGACAAUGAAAAAAUUUGACAAUGAGGACUGUGCAGAUGACUAUGUCCUCAUGGGCUGAGAUUAAAAAGCAUCGUGUGCUUAAUUUAUACAAGGCUAUAUAUUUAUGGAGAAUAUAAUCUGCAAAAGACAUUUUGUGCAUAUUACAAAUAUUUUGGAUCACAUUUACAUCUCAGACUCAGCUGGUUAACCAUGUGCACACCAUGUAAGCAAGGCCUCAGCUCUCCAUCUAUACAAUAUACUUAAUCACUAAGAAAGACAGCAUAUAUCAAAGUUUUUUUAAUAUAUAUAAUUUGGGUGACCAUUAGCAUCCUAUUAGUCCUUAUUUUAUUGUAUAGCUUUAAUUAAGCUGUAUGUGUUUUUUUUAUGUUGUGCUCAUCAUUUUAGGGAAUCAAAUUAUUUUGUAUUUGUAUUUGUGGACAUAUUGAAUGUAUUUCCUCUAUAACCUAUAAAAAAACAACAGAAAUAUGGAAAAAAAUUGCCACUAUAAUAUUAAUAUAACUAUGUAAAUCAUAUAUACAUGGUUUUAGACAAAAAACUUUUCUUACCAAUAAGUAAAUGCAAAAUGUUUAACAGUGUGACUGGUUACGAACUAUGCCAGGCUCUGAGUAAUAGCAUAAUACCGCCGCUAGAUGGCACCAUACACUUGUUGUACAUGGCGGAGCUCGACGAAAUGAGAACUAUUUCACUUAGACUCAUGGGGAAUCCCAAAUUCAAACUAAUAAUAAAAGAAUGUAUGCUGUGGUUGCGGUCCCUGAGGCGAGGGAAUGAGAGAGAAAUAUCUCACAGUUGAUAUGAGCUUUACUUUCCCAUGAUAAUGAGUGAGAAAUACACUUCACCAUCAAUUUCCACACUUUCAUCCAUUUCCCAUUCACGCACUCGCACGUGGCCUAACAGACAAACAAAUAUAUCAAACACAACUUAUAUGAAGUAUGUCAGAACUGUAAAAUAACCAGAGAGCAAAUUUCUUAUAGAACUAAAGCAUCUCAGAUACAUGACAGUUGCUAUAACUGUCCAGCAGUUGAAUUCUGGUUUCUGGAAUGGUUGAUUGAGUAUUCAAUUAUCAUUCUGUAGUAACCACUCGUUCACAAGGACUUGUAUAUAUUACUCUAGGCAUAAACUAAGCCUAAUAUUUUACAGAAAAAAGAGUUCCUAUUAAACUAAUUUGAAAGUAUUGGUGAAAUGGCAAAGCUUUCAUUAAACAAACAUUGCUUUACAAACAAAACUCCAUUCCCCAGAACACACCACAACCUACAAACUAACAUGGCUAUAAUGUCUUCUAAUCAUAAAUAUCUGACACCAAUCACUACUGGCACUAUAUAUUUAUUCACACACACACACACACACACACACACACACACACACACACACACACACACACACACACACACACACACACACACACACACACAGUGAAGUGUAUGCUUAGUGUACAUGAGCUUCCACAUGUCAGAAAUAUCCAAUAUCUGAUAUUUUUUCCAUAAAGCCCCCUCUGUUCCAAUGUAUCCCAAAGGUGUUGGAGGUCAUUCAAUUAUGUCUUUAUGAACCUUAUGCCUUAAUUAACUUAAGUGAACUUGAGCACAAUUCUGCUGGAAUAGAGAAGUGCCUUCCUGAAGCAUUCAGCAUUUCCCUUUAAUGGAACUAAUGGGCUGAGCUCAACCAUUGAUAAACAGCCCCAUACCAUUAUCCCUCCACUUUUACAGGUAAAACAAUGCAGUCAGACUAUCAAUAAAACUGCAAUCAGUAAAACACUAUCAAUAAAACUGCAAUGUUCUCCUGGCAUCUACCAAAUCCAGACUCCCCUGACAAGCUGCCAAACAUUGAAGUGUAAUUUGUCAUUACACAGAAUGUUUAAACUGCUCCAGACUCCAGUGACAUUGCUGUACACCACUCCAUCUGGCACUUGCCAUUGUAUUCAGUAAUGUGAGACUUGCCUGCAGCUUCUUGGCCAAGGAAACACAAUUAAUCAUCCAUGCUUCACCAGAAAGCUUCGAGAUUGAGUCUCUGCUGUACCUGAACACUUUUUACAGUUGACUGUGGGAGUGGAAGUUAUUGCAAAGGUGGCAGGCAUCCUAUUACAACACAAAUCAAUAUUUAUAAUAAAGGCCCGUUCUCUGUUGGCCAAAAACUCUACCAGAAUCACUUAUGAUUUAAUGUAUUGUUGUUCAUGUACCAUAAACUGCUUGAAGAAGAUAGUAAGGAGGAGUCAGUAACCGAGAUACUAACCAGAAUCAUCAGGGGGAAAACUUAUACAACACUUAUAAAGAACAUUCUUAUUCAUUCUUUAUCACCGCAUCUGUGUAAAG